CUGGCGGGGCCGGUGGGGUUGGGCACAGCGUGCAACAGACCCAACGGAACCGGAUCAUCAUCGCCCGUCUGCUCCGCGUCUCCAUCGUUGUGUCGAUCAUGUGGAUCUGGAUUGUGGGGGUCAAUGCCACCCUCUGGGCGACCUUUUUCAAGACGGGCCACCUGAUCCCGGAGUGGGCCAUGUGGGUGCGAACCAUUUUGAUGCGGCUCGUCGGCUUUAUCGACGCCGUCAUCAUGCACGACCUGUUUAAGCGGUGGUGGCUGCGGAUUUUGUCUUGCUGGCGCAUUUGCACAGGAUCAGGGGUCCGAGACGCACAGCACAUGGCGGCGGCUGCCGCUGCUGCCGCCGCCGCUGCGGUGGAAGGUGGGAUGAUGGCUGGAUACCCGGAUUUUCGGAUGGGGCCGGGGCACACAGGCGAAGGCCCCCUGUCCGUGGAAUCAAUGGGAAAGGAAGGGGUUUCCUCGGACAUGGAGGUAGCUCGAAGUGGGGAGGGGUUGGGCCGUACUUACGGGAGGGCGAUGGAGGGGCAGGAGCACGCGACGGCGAGUGUUUUGAUGUUCGUGUCCACGUACAACAUGGGAGGAAUCACAUUGAAAGAUGCGAUCGACAACGACGGACUGGCAGCGGUCCUUCCCACCUGGAUUCCUCUGGACUACGACCUGUACGUGAUUGGGGUUCAGGAAUGCUGCAUCAUCCGGGAAUUCCGCCGGGCAGUGCACAAGCACUUGGGGGGACCGGAGGCCUACGUGAUGGUGGGCAAGGAGAUUGGAGACGAUAGGAUUCUGCACGGUUUUAUUGCCUUGACUAUUUUUGCCCGCACGCAGGAUGUGGCCACUGGGGCCGUGUAUGUACAGGAAGGCGCCGUGGAUAGGGUCGCGUCGGGCGUCUCGUUCGGUCCUAUGGGGCGGGCACCGAACAAAGGCUUUGUGGGUCUGAGCAUGCGUGUGCACGACACCUCCUUGGCCUUGAUCACGGCCCAUUUUGCCUCGGACAAGAAGGGGAGAAACCGGCUGGGGAAACGGAACCAAGACGCCCGGCGGACCCUGUCGGACAUGUCCUUGCUCUGGGAUUCGGACGAUUUCAGCAUUCACACCCAGCAUCAUUUCACCGUGGUGUUGGGGGACCUCAACUACCGGAACAGGGGCCAUCCUGAAGAAAUCUUGGAGAUGGUGGCGCAUUCUGCGCGGGAAUGUCAGGACUCGGUGGAAGCAGCCCAGGCGCGAGCCUCGGGGGCCCGAGGGGAAACGGGAGGAGGAGACAGUCCUAGUCCCACUCCCCGGAAGAGCUGGCGUUCCAGCUACGACAAAUUUUUCGCGUUGCCAGAAGCGAGGCGGGUGCUCGUGGGG